AUGAGUGAAAAAGCUAGGUUGAGAACGGAUGCUGUGAAUAACAGCUAUUCCAACUCUGCUGAUGAUCAACCAAUUCAACAAGAAUUAUCACCUGAAGAGAUUUCAAAGAAGCGUCAACAACUUUUUACUAAAAUUCUCUAUAUAAUUCUCGGACUUGCUAUUGCUGCUAUUUUAUUGACUGUUGUUAUUGUACUUGUUCUCACUUAUGAGGAAAAACAAGUUAAAAGAUCAUUGGUUUUUAAUGAUAUUUUCAAUGGAACCUUUGCCACUCAAGGUUUAUCUGCAACAUGGUCAGCAAAUCCAUCAAAGGAAGGAAUCUUUUAUUAUUGGAAGAAUAGAAAGACACAAGCAAGAGAAAAUGUUGUUAGAAAUGUUUUUGAAAAUAUGAUUAGUGUUACUUCAUUGAAAGAACGUGCUGAUCAAUCAGGUUGUGAUAUCAUCAAGUAUGAUACUGCCACAAAUUCCGAAAAGGCAUUUAUUUCUUUUGAAACACUUUCCAAAGCAAACAUUCCUUGUAAUACUAACUUUUUAAUUCAAGGUGAAGAACGUUUUGUUUCAUUUGAAUUGGAUAUUGAACAUGUUUGGCGUCAUUCUAGUUUAAGUAGAUUUGUUGUUUUGGAUACUGUUACAUCCACUAUUACUGACCUUUCUCCAAAUGCUCCAAAGCAAUCUAUUAUGAAAUGGUGUUCUUCAAGUGGUAACUCUGCUGUUGGUUCUGAUGCUGUUGCUGCUUUCAUUCAAGAUAACAAUAUUUAUGUUAACAUUUUUGAUUCAACAACUGGUAAAUCAAAGUCUUUCAGACAAAUUACUAGUGAUGGAUCAUUUGAAUUGAUUUUUAAUGGUAUUGCUGAUUGGGUUUAUGAAGAAGAAGUUAUUGCUGGUGUUGAUACUUUUUUCUUCUCUCCAGAUUGUUCCAAGAUUUCCUAUCUUAGAUUGAAUGAUUCUCAAGUUCCGCUUAUUCAACUUCCUCUCUAUGAUAUGACUCACUCAAAUCCUGAAUAUCUCAAGAUUAGAAUUCCAACUCCAGGUGAUCAUAAUCCUAUUCCAUCUAUUCACGUUUAUGAUAUUAAUACUGACAAGACUGUCAAGGUUGAUAUUGGACAAGAUGAAAAUCCAACCAAGAUUGAAGAUGAAUAUUAUGUUUAUGAUUUAUUGUGGGCUUCUAAUUCUCAAGUUGCUGUUGUUCGUGUUAACAGAUACCAAAAUCAAAAGGAUAUUUUACUUGGUGAUUUGAGUAAGGUUGUCGACGGUAUUGUUCCAUCAUCUAUCAUUCAUACUGUUACAACUGACAGAUGGAUUCAAUAUGCUCAAGGAUCAUCAUUCUUCAUUUUGGAUUCAACUAUGUUUGUUGAUAUUAUUCCAUAUCAUGACCAUUAUCAUGUUGCUCUCUUCGAUUACAGCAAGGGUACCAAUAAUACCUUUGUUAGAUAUUUGACAAGUGGUGAUUUUGAUGUUACUACAGUUUACAGAAAAUUCUCUUCAAACAUUAAGAAGAUUUAUUAUCAAAGUACUGGUGAUUCUAAUGGUAUUAACAGAAAGAUUUAUGCUGUUGAUUUGGAAGCUACUCAAACUAUUGAAUUGACAAAGAAUUCAACUGCUGAAAAUGUUCACUUUGAUGCCUCAAUCAGUGCUGGUGGUAAUUAUGUUAUCCUUACUUAUAAUGGUCCUGACUUCCCAACUAGUACUUUACAUUCUGUUCAAGGAUUGAUUUCUGGAGGUGAUAGUGGUGUAACUUUGAGUGAAAAUAGUCAACUUCAAAAGAAGUUAGAAAAUGAAGUUUUCAUGCCAAAGUCUAAGGUUACUCAAGUUCAAAACGAUAACGGUGACAAGUUGAAUGUUCUCUUUGUUUAUCCACCUCAUUGGAAUCCUCAAAAUGAAGUCAAAUACCCAGCUGUUAUUUAUUCAUACAAUGGUCCUGGUUCACAACUUGUUAACAAUGAUUGGCACUCAAUGCACAAUGGAUUCUCCCUUUAUUUGGCUUCUUUGGGAUUCAUUGUUGUUACUGUUGAUGGUAGAGGUACUGGUUACAGAGGUGUUAACUUUAUGACUCAAACCUAUAAGAAUUUGGGUUAUUAUGAAGUUUUGGAUCAAAUUUCUGUUGCUAAAUAUUUGACUGGAUUGUCCUAUGUUGACUCAUCAAAGAUUGCUAUUUGGGGUUGGUCUUAUGGUGGUUAUUUAUCAUCCAAGACUAUUUCAUUCUAUGAAAAUGCUACAAACUCUGAAUCUUCCCCAUUCAAACUUGCUCUCUCAGUUGCUCCAGUUACCGAUUGGAAGUAUUAUGAUACUGCUUACACUGAAAGAUAUAUGCUUUGGCCAGAAGUUAAUCCAACUGGUUACAAGAGAAGCAGCGUUUUGAAUCAAGUUAAGAAUCCAAAAUGUCCAAUCUUGCCAACUGCUCUCAGUAAUGGAGAUGUUCAACAAUCAUCCAAGAAGUUCGUUCUUGCCUUUGGUUCUAGAGACGAUAACGUUCACCCAAUUAAUAGUUUCAAUUUAAUGUCCAUCUUGCAAGAUAGUCUUGUACAAUUUGAUUUAAUGGUUUAUACCAAUAAGGAUCACUCAAUUGACAAUAGAAGACAUAUCUACAAAUUCCUUUCUCAACAUUUAGUUGAUAUUUUGGACGUUAGUGCUUAAAUAAAUAAUAAAAGUUUAUACAAAU